ACUACGUUUCAUGACACGCGCAAAUAGAUAGAACGAAGGGAAACUUCUGGAUAGAACGUGUUGGGGGAAGAGAGUUGCAGAAAGAACGAGGCAAAAAUGUCGUCGUUUUUGCGGUCCUUUGUUGAUCCGAAGAAGAACUGGUUCGCGCGUCAGCAUAUGAAGACUGUCUCCACUCGCCUCCGCAAAUAUGGUCUCAGAUACGAUGAUCUGUACGAUCCGUACUACGAUCUGGACGUGAAGGAGGCACUUAAUCGGCUGCCGAGAGAGAUAGUCGACGCUCGCAAUCAGCGUCUCAAGCGCGCCAUCGACCUCUCCAUGAAGCAUGAGUACCUUCACGAGAAUCUUCAGGCACAGCAGACACCAUUUAGGUACUAUCUUCAAGAUAUGCUGGCUCUGGUGAAGAAGGAGAAAGCAGAACGUGAGGCUUUGGGAGCUUUGCCCCUCUAUCAGCGCACCAUUCCAUAAGCAUCUUAUUGCCCUUGUUGCUACUGCUUAUUUUGGUGUGAAUGUCUGAGUGAAAUUAUAUUUUUAUGUGGUAGUUUAUUUUUUAUAACAGAGGAAGGAAUGCACAAUGCUAAUAGGCUUCUUCAGGCAUUCUUGUUCAAAUAAUCAGGCAUUAUUGACCGCAAUGAAGUCAAUGCUUCAUGUUUUUGUUACUUUCCUCUCAUUGAGAAAUGUGAUGCUACUUUAAGAGUCA